GCAGCAGGCAGAGAUGGCAGGGAGAUGUGCACCGGUGGGACUCAGCCGGGGCCGCUGCUGACAGGCAAGUGUGCUUACCACAUCACCUCAUCUCAGAGAACUACUGCUUCUGUGUUGCAGUGCUCUUCAUCCCUGCUGCUCCGUGCUGUGAAGGACAGCAGCAGUCUGACACAGAGGUGUUUUCGGACACAUAGAUUGCAUGUUACACGGUCACGAGAGCUCAAGCCUUGGAGUUGGAAGAUGAGCCUUCAGCUGAACUCUGCUGUGAUGUGAGUGACCUGGGAUUGGUCACACAAUGCUUUGUCACACUUUGCCUGUCUCCUCUGGAACCUUUGCAAUGGAUGACAAAGCAGACUCUCUGACUGUGCAUCUUCUCGCCAACUCGGGACACUCACUGCUGCUGCAGCAAACUCUGGAUCGUCUGCUGGAGUGGGUCUGCCCAGACAUUGGCCUUUUCCUGGUGUCUGAGCGACCUACUCCCCUCAGAUGCUAUGAGAGGCACCGUAAGAGAGGCUGCGGCUUCCCUGGAAUAUCUGUUCUCCUUUUCCUACACGAGGGCUUGGGAGAAGAACGGAUUUUGCAGGUCCACGAGCAAUUCCAGCAGCCGCCCUGGCGCUACCAGCGUGCCCGGAUUGCUAAUGGGCAAAGCCACCCCUACGCCCCAGCUCACCAUGACUUCUACAGCCUGGAUGACCAGCUGCCUGUGUGGGGCAUCAGGAGGGUGCACUGUGGCCCCGAAAUCCUGCGUGUCACCCUCUACUGCAGUUUUGAUAAUUACGAGGAUGCAGUGAGGCUCUAUGAGUUGAUCCUACAGAAAGAAGCAACUAUGCAGAAAAGUAACUUCUGUGUCUUUGUGCUGUACACAACCCAAAACAUUGCCGUACAGCUCUGCUUGAAGCAGUUGCCCAUUGGGGUGGCUACUGAGCCCAAGGACUCAGUGGCCUUGCAGUUCAAGGUGCGAGAGAUGGGACAGCUGGUGCCUCUCCUGCCUAACCCAUGUAUUCCCAUCAGUAGCACCAGGUGGCAAACACAAGACUACGAAGGAAAUACAGUUCUGCUUCAGGUUCAAGAUGGCCCCAAGCACCAUGGAACAAAUGUUGGGCUUUGCCAUCAGCAUAGUAACGCAGGCAAUGAAAAUAUCCUGCAGGACUCUGUCGCAGCCCCCCUCCCUGUGAAGCGGAGUUACCCUGGGCACAGAAGCCAGGAGCUCAGAGCCACAAAGGGCAAAGCGAAGCCCGACCCAAGCGAGGCCGUGGCUCCGGAGCACACGGGCAGUGUCCUCCGCAGGCCCCGCUGCGUGUCUCUCAGCAGCACAGCGGCACGACCCAGGUGGGCCAGCAGCUCGCUGUGCCGGCAGAUGAGCAGCCAGCUGCAGGCCCGGCCCCGGGACAGCCGGGCCGAGACCAACGUGGACACCGGGCUCGCCGUGGCGGCUCCCGCGAGUGGCCGCUGCCCGCUGAGCCGCUUCUCCAGGGACCUGCGGAGCAGCCUCCUGCUGCCCACGCCCGCUGUGCCCUCCCCACACAGCGCCCAGCGCCUGCUUGCUGCGGCCUCCAGGACUAAAGGAGCGGGGCAAGCCGCUUUGGGCUGCCACUCGCCAACGCCACUCGCCAGCCCUGCCACCAGAGUGGAGGAUGAGGAGGAGGAGUUCUUUAUAUGACUGAACACAAAUGUGCCUGAGGGACUGGUCACUUCCCAGUGACAGCGGGGUGCUUCUGUGUGUGGUGUGCCCCCUGUGCUGUGACCACUGAUGCUCAGCUUAACCACUGUGGCAACAAUCCAGUAGCAGGUUCACCAAAGCUUUCUAUGAAAAAAUGCUAAGGAGGCUGCAGGCAAAGCAGGAAAAAUAAUGAGGGGACUGGAACAUCUUUCUUAUGGGGAAAAGCUGUGGGAUCUGGAGCUGUUCAGCCUGGAGAAGACUGAAGGAGGACCUCAUCAAUACUUACAAGUACCUGAAGUGUGGGUGGCAAGGGAAUGGGGUGACACUUUUUUCUGUAGUGCCCAGCAACAGGACAAGGGGUAAGGGGCACAAGCUGGAACACAAAACAUUCUGCUGGAACAUGAGGAGAAACUUCUUUGGUAUUGGGGUGAGGGAGCCCUGGCACAGGCUGCCCAGGGAGAGUGUGGAGGCUCCUUCUCGGGAGGCUUCCAAACCCGCUUGGACAUGUUCCUGUGUGACCUGAUGGAGGUGAACCUGCUUUAGCAGGGUGUUGAGCUGGAUGAUCUCUAGAGGUCCCCUCCAACCCCCACCACUCUGGGAUUCUGUGAUAUUAUGAAAAAUAACUCUGUAUUUACAGAACGAUUUCUCUUUUUUAAUGCAGAAUAGAUUAAAGGAUGAUUGUGCAAUGAAUAGGAAUAAGCUGUAUGACUCCCAGAGCUGCUCUAAGAUGCUAAAAAGUAGCCAGUGACACCUUCAGAUGGAAAUAGAAGGUGCAGUUUGCCUAAGCUGCCCAAGCAGCUGGAUUCCCCCCAGGCGUGGAGGCUCAUCAUCCAUCGCUGGGAUAUAUGGGAACAAGGUAGCAGCACAGUCACGGUGCUGAUUUGCCUCUGGGUUCCUUCUAGCUUCCCCUGUUGAUGGUAUUUAAAAGCUAUCAAUGUUAAUUUUACGCAAGAUGUGAAAUACAAGAAUGUUCUUUUAAAAUAUUUUUGAGGGAAGAAUCUUCUAGGGAGAUCUUUUCUCCAAAUUAGCACAGUGCACACAAAGCAAACACUGGCAGGGAAUAGUUUGAGCUAUGUUUAUGCUCCAGGAAGAUCUGAUGUUGCCUUUUCAUGUGACAUUUAACAAAAUAAACCCAGCAACAGGCCAGGCUUGGUUGGACCAGUAUGCAGUUACCAGCAGGCAAUCCUAAUUGGGUUUUAAUUAGCAGAAGACAAGAGAUAUUAAGAGUCCUGGAAGGAACUGCUGAAUGCUGGAGAGUAAGAGGGACAGGAGGAGUGAAGCGGUGUGUUGGCAGCAGCUGCUGAAAUAACUGCUGAUCAAGAUGGGAGUUUGUCAAGUAGGACUGAGUAAAUUUGAAAGGGAAAGAGCAUGGGGAGGGCAUGACAGAGGGGAGGUUGUUACAAGAAAAAACAAAUCUGAUGCUACUUACCUUCUAAGCAGCACAACAAAUGCUGUAUUCUCCUUAAAUAGAUCUGAAUUCUGCUUUACCCAAAAAUGUGCACUUGUUUGCAGUGUGCCUUCUCAUUGCCUCCUCCUACCCACGACUCAGGUUUGACAGGCAAUGGCUUUGUGUGGCCCAAGCAGAGGUGGAGGGUGAUGGGCAGCAGCAGAGCCUUCCCGGGGGCACAGCCCACGCUGCACUGCAUGAACAUCCUUACCUGGGGAGGUGCAGCCCCCCUGGCUGCUGGUGGGCUGUGAAGCCCAGGGGCAGUAGAGAGCAGGGCCAUUGCUGGGUGUUGGCUGGGGCUUUGGGAAGGCCCAGCACUUUGGGGAAGUUUGAAGGUGCAGUCCGGUUGGUCUGAAGAGCUGCAGGGGGAAACAGGGCAGAUCCUGCUCUGAGCCUCCACACUCCCACAGCUGGUGCUGCUCUGGAAGUGAUGCUCAUCUGCCCUUUGAUUCAGGGGCCAAAACCUGCAGGAAGCUGAAGAGGACACUCAUCUCGCUGGACACUCACCACUCCCCCAGUGUUUCCAUAAGCUCUGUAAAAUGUGGGCUUUGUAAUAAAUCAUACUGUGA